GUUGUUCGGGAUAAAAAAAAAAAAAAUAGAGAACACAAAUCCUCUGUUUCGCUCUUUCACUCUUCUGCGAGUGCGAGUCUGUUCACUAGGGUUUUUCUUUCGUUCAUUCUCACUGAAUGCUUCUGAAACUUCCGGAGGGAGAGAGAAAGUGAGUGUUACGUUUUAGAGAGAGUGAGGGGCAGAUGGAUGCGUAUCCGUUGCAUCUUGCUAUGGCGGCGCUGGUAGGGGCGUCGUUCGUGGCGGUAUCUGCGUACUUCAUGCACCGCAAAACCCUAACACAGUUACUGGAGCUGGCUAAGACGAUGGAGAGGGAGCGGGAAGAUAACUCGGAGGGCGGUUCGCCUCAGCAUUCGACUAAGAAGAGGCGCGGGGGUGGUGGGGCCGGCGGUCGGAGGAAGGGGAACGGGUACUACCGGCGGGGGUCUUCUUCCCUGCCGGAUGUUACAGCGGUUUCGAGAGAGUGCGGGGCGAUUAAUGGAGAGGAGAAGCAGAAUGGUCCGAUGUCCGUGGACGGGAUUCCGGCUGGAUUGCCGAGGCUUCACGUGGUCCCGGAAGGGAAAUCUACUGGGUGUACAAGUUCAACAAAGAGAUCUGGAAGUUUUAUGAAACCAACUUCUCCCAAGUCCCCUAUUGCUAGUGCCAGUGCUUUUGAAAGUGUAGAAGGAUCCGAUGAAGAGGAUAAUAUGACUGACAACUCUAAGAUGGAUCUUACAUUCCUACAAACCAAUGGAAACUCUGGCUAUGAGAAUUUACCGGAGCAUGUCAAUGCCAAUGGAGAACAAAUGUCUAUUGCUGCUUCAAGCAUGAUUCGAUCCCAUAGUGUAUCUGGUGACCUCCAUGGCGUCCAACCUGAUCCUAUUGCAGCUGAUAUUCUACGGAAAGAGCCAGAGCAGGAAACUUUCACAAGACUUAAAAUUAACCCUACAGAGGUACCAUCUCCCGAUGAAGCAGAGGUUUAUGUGAUUCUUCAGGAAUGCCUCGAAAUGAGAAAACGAUAUCUAUUCAAGGAAGCAGUUGCUCCAUGGGAGAAAGAAGUUAUAUCUGACCCCAGCACACCAAAGCCUAACCCAGAGCCUUUUGCUUAUACUUCAGAAGGAAAAUCUGAUCAUUACUUUGAGAUGCAAGAUGGGGUCAUACAUGUCUAUCCAAAUAAAGAUUCUAGAGAAGAGCUUUUCCCCGUUGCUGAUGCAACAACCUUUUUCACUGACUUGCAUCAGAUUCUUCGAGUGACAGCCGCAGGGAAUACGAGAACCUUAUGUCAUCAUCGGUUAAAUCUUCUGGAACAAAAGUUCAACCUGCACUUGAUGCUUAAUGCGGAUAGGGAAUUUCUUGCUCAGAAAAGUGCCCCCCAUCGUGACUUUUAUAACGUCAGGAAAGUUGAUACACAUGUACAUCACUCUGCAUGCAUGAAUCAAAAGCAUCUUUUGAGGUUUAUAAAGUCUAAAUUGAGGAAGGAACCUGAUGAGGUUGUAAUAUUCAGAGAUGGGACAUACUUGACCUUAAAAGAAGUUUUUGAGAGCUUGGAUUUGACUGGGUUAGUAAAGUUUGUUCUAGUGGUUUUAAGCCAAAUGAUUGCUCUUUCACUGCCGUUUAUAUAUUCUUCUGAUAUUUAUAAGAGCUUAGAAAAAAAGAUUAAUAUUUACAUAUGUUCAAACAGGUAUGACCUGAAUGUUGACCUGUUGGAUGUUCAUGCUGACAAGAGCACGUUUCAUCGCUUUGACAAAUUCAAUCUCAAGUAUAAUCCCUGUGGACAAAGCAGGCUCCGGGAGAUAUUCUUAAAGCAGGAUAAUCUUAUCCAAGGCCGUUUCCUGGGUGAAUUGACGAAGCAAGUGUUUUCUGAUCUCGCUGCAAGUAAAUAUCAGAUGGCUGAAUACAGAAUAUCUAUAUAUGGUAGGAAGCAAAGUGAGUGGGACCAGUUGGCUAGUUGGAUAGUGAAUAAUGAAUUGUACAGCGAGAAUGUUGUUUGGUUGAUUCAGAUUCCAAGAUUAUAUAAUAUUUACAAGGACAUGGGGAUUGUGACAUCAUUUCAGAACAUCCUUGACAACAUCUUUAUUCCAUUAUUUGAAGCUACUGUGGAUCCAGAUUCACAUCCUCAGUUGCAUGUUUUCUUGAAAAAGGUGGUUGGAUUAGACUUGGUUGAUGACGAAAGCAAGCCUGAAAGACGCCCUACAAAGCACAUGCCAACUCCUGCUCAAUGGACCAAUGUGUUCAAUCCUGCCUUUUCAUACUAUGUGUAUUACUGUUAUGCUAACCUCUACACAUUAAACAAGCUCCGUGAAUCAAAGGGCAUGACAACUAUCAAAUUUCGGCCACAUGCAGGAGAGGCUGGUGACACUGACCACCUUGCUGCCACAUUCCUUACUACUCAUAACAUAGCACAUGGCAUCAAUUUGAGAAAAUCUCCAGUCCUUCAGUAUUUGUACUAUCUGGCACAGAUUGGCUUAGCUAUGUCUCCUUUGAGCAACAACUCAUUAUUUUUAGACUAUCAUCGGAACCCUUUUCCUAUGUUUUUUCUACGAGGCCUCAAUGUUUCACUUUCUACGGAUGAUCCACUCCAGAUCCACUUAACAAAGGAACCUUUAGUGGAAGAAUAUAGCAUAGCUGCUUCGGUGUGGAAGUUGAGUUCAUGCGACCUGUGUGAGAUUGCCCGGAAUUCGGUCUACCAGUCAGGUUUCUCACAUGCUCUCAAGUCACACUGGAUUGGAAAAGAGUACUACAAGAGAGGUCCAAAUGGAAAUGACAUUCAUAAAACAAAUGUGCCACAUAUCCGGGUGGAAUUUCGUGAGACGAUCUGGAGAGAGGAGAUGCAGCUGGUUUACCUGGGCAAGGCCAUCAUCUCUGAAGAAGUAGACAAGUAAUCUGCGAGGCAAUUGUGUUUUAUCUGGUCUAAAACAUUUCCAAAUUUUCGGAGGGUGAGGAAUCUACAUUUCCACCUGCUCACCUGUGUGCAGGGUAUGGCAUGUUCCUAUUGUGCAUACUCCAGAAUGGCUUGAAAAUGCAGUUGGUUAGAACUGAGAAGCCAAACAAAAAUUUUGAACUAAGCUGGAGAUGCGCAAUAGGCCUGAUGGUACUUGAACCUGGAGUAGAUCCGCAGAAACAGGAAGCUGGUGGUGGCUCGAAACAGCUAAAAUAUAACGUUUAAGGCUUACAACAAUAUAAAAUAUAGAUAUAAUAGAAGACUAAUAUAUAUUCUCGAUGCUGUUUAGUGACUUCCUGUAAUGUUGAACCCGCAAGAGGAUGAUUUCUUGCUUUGCAAUUUUGGCUAUUUUUUUUUAUGCCUCAUAUAAAUAGCCACGAAUUUUAGAAUUA